UCCGGCAGUCUCGUGUCUUCACUGUUCAUAGUGGGCGUUGAAUAGCGUCUUCUUCAGCUCAUACAAGCAAGACUUCACGAUAACGUUACCCAAGUUAAGCUACUUCAAACCGGGAAAUUUGUAGGUUUAGCCGGCCGACGAAGAUGACGGAAAGUGCUACGAGUAAGCUGCUAAAUGGAGACAUUUGUCACCGGACCUCGAAUGGUAAAAAGGCCAGUAAAAAUGGCUUCGUGAAGGAUCACUCUCUGUUUGAACAGCCACAGAAGUAUCGCCGCCCUAGAGACAAGAACCAAAAUGUCCCCCAUAAUUCCAGCUUGUACAAGAAACCAUUUGUGGAAUCCUUCGAGGAGACUCCUCUAUGGGUUGCUGUGCUCACCUACAUGGGCUACGGUAUCCUCACCAUCUUUGGCUACCUCAGAGACUUCCUUAGACACUGGAACAUUGAAAAGUGCCAUGUGGCCCGUGAGAGAGACGAGCAGAAGGAUUUUGUCCCCCUCUAUCAGGAUUUUGAAAACUUUUACACCAGGAAUUUGUACAUGCGGAUCCGAGACAACUGGAACCGCCCUAUCUGCAGUGUUCCUGGCGCCAAGGUGGACUUGGUAGAGAGAGUAACUCGUGACUACAACUGGACGUUUGAGCAUACAGGCAAAGUGGUGAAGGACGUUAUCAACAUGGGCUCGUACAACUACCUCGGCUUCGCUGAGAACACUGGAGCUUGUGCCGAUGCUGCUCUCGAGGUCACAAAAAUGUAUGGAGCGGGAGUGGGCAGCACUCGCUGUGAGAUGGGAAACUUGGACAUCCAUGAGGAAAUGGAGCAAUUGGUUGCCAGGUUUCUGGGAGUUGAGUCAGCCAUGGCUUUUGGCAUGGGUUUCGCAACCAAUUCCAUGAAUAUUCCUGCUCUCAUGGGGAAGGGUUGCCUCAUCCUGAGCGACGAGCUGAAUCAUACGUCGCUGGUGCUGGGUGCUCGUCUGUCGGGCUCCACGAUUCGGGUCUUCAAACACAACAACAUGCAAAGCCUUGAGAAGCUACUGAGAGAUGCCAUCGUGCAUGGGCAGCCGAGAACCCACCGACCCUGGAAGAAAAUUCUUAUUGUGGUGGAGGGCAUUUACAGUAUGGAGGGGUCAAUCGUACGUCUCCCGGAGGUCAUAGCUCUGAAGAAGCGCUACAAGGCCUACCUGUACCUGGACGAGGCUCACAGUAUCGGCGCCCUGGGCCCUAAUGGCAGGGGAGUGGUGGACUACUUUGGCCUGGAUUCCAAAGAUGUUGACAUCAUGAUGGGAACAUUCACCAAAAGCUUUGGGGCUGCUGGGGGAUAUAUUGGAGGCAAAAAGGAGCUGAUUGACUAUCUGCGCCGCCACUCUCAUAGCGCCAUGUAUGCCACCUCUAUGUCCCCUCCUGUGGCCCAGCAGAUAAUCACCUCUAUGAAGAUCAUCAUGGGAGAAGAUGGGACCACACUGGGUGCUGAUCGCCUCCGACAGCUUUCACAGAACACCACCUACUUCCGCAGAAGACUGCAUGAAAUGGGCUUUAUCAUCUAUGGCAACGAGGACUCCCCCGUCGUACCCUUGAUGCUCUACAUGCCGGCCAAAAUCGGGGCCUUCGGUCGGGAGAUGCUGAAGAGGAACAUCGGUACAGUGGUCGUCGGCUUUCCUGCGACGCCCAUCAUCGAAUCCAGAGCACGCUUCUGUGUAUCAGCAGCUCACACCAGAGAGAUGCUCGAUACAGCAUUGGAAGCCAUCAGUGAAGUGGGCGACCUCCUGCAGCUGAAAUAUUCAAGACGUGAGCAGCCUCUUCCCUCGCUUGGGUGGAUGUCCGAGGAGAGUCUUCUUCAGGACUGAGCCUCAUCGUCCUCUUCUUGUCACACAGAGCGUGUUUUCCCAACUCACCGGCCCCUCCCUUAGCGCUUCUCGUCUGACAUCCGUCUUAUGCCCCCACGUAUUUUUCUCUGAGCCAGUCUCUGCAUUCAUGUUAUCCAUAUUUGUUCACAUCAAACUCCAGCGGACACAAAGCCAAAGUCCCAACAGCUUCACCGCGACCAAAAUCAGCCACAUGCGUCCGUGUCCAUUGUUACAAAGUCCAUUCAGACCCUUCCAGUUUGUCCUAACUUAUUGCGACUGCAUCUGUCUAACAUAAAGUCUUAUUCUUGUGCGCACAUUGAAUGUGUAUCUUAUUUGUGCAAUAACAGCAGCAGUGUGGUGUUUCUUUGUAAUUCAAACAACUCAGAGCAAGGUAGAAGAAGCUCUGCCAUGACUUCCUGCUCUUGCACUCUUGAAAUCUGAUCAUAGCUCGUGCUAUGAUGAACUCGAGAGAAAACGAUCAUAUAUGUAAAUAUUAUUUAUCACAAUGUUGGUAAUACUGCCUUGGGGUAGCAUCCCAAACCUCAGUGAGAGAUGCAUUAUUUCACGGGAAUAAGCAUGUGUAUACUAUAUGUAUUUAUCUGCUUUUGUUUUGUUUUAAUCCUAAUCACUUUUACUUGAAAAGAGAGAUUAUUGGGUUCUUUUACCCAACCAAAGGUUCUAAGUAUAUGUAUAGAUAUGUUUUCUAGCCUUCCUGUUAAAAUGCAAAGCAGAUGUUCCAAAUGAAAACAUUUAACAGGGAAAGAAUUCCAGAGAGGAAGACGAAGGAUUUUUUUUUAACUGCAUAUUUUCUAAAAAUAUUUUUCAGCUUUAUUUACUGUUUACACCUGCACUCAAAAACUUGAGCCUUGUGUCUUUAACAUUUCUAUAAGCUAAUGAGCUCCAUGUGAUUUCUUUCUAGUUUGUUGCUUUCUCACCCACUGAAAUUGUUCUCACUCAUGUGCUUUCAUGAGAAUCGCCAAUCUGAGCACGACAGCACGCUGUACGCAUGACGAUGUAGGGCUCAUCUGAUAUACAGACAACUUUAUUUAUUUAACGUGUUUGUCGGCCGUUAGCGAUCUCUUUUAUUUGUGGAAGCCAUUAUCUGAGUGGAAAGUGUGUGUUUCAACUUGACUACAUGUCUUAACUUCAGUGCAGCACUACUGACGGGCGUUUUAUAUGUCCAGAUGACGUAGUCACUGAAAACCUGUAAGGUUUGUUUGGUUAUAGUCCAAAUGUCAUUGGGGUUUUCUUUUUGUUUUUUUUCUUCCUCCCUUCAUCAUUCACCAGAUGUUAUCAUCCUCUGGAAUGACAUUCCAUAUCAUCCUGCUUUUUGUCACAUUUUUUUUUUUUUUUUUUUUGGUUUUCUGUUUUGGUCCGAGAUUACUGUGUGAGGUCACCCCAAACAUGUGGCUUUACAAGCCACUGUCAAACAUUGUUCAUCUGAGUGUUUGUUGGGGUUUUUUUAUGUUCCAUCACUUUAUUGAUGUGAGCUGCCGUGUCAGUGUAGCCAGUAAGAAACCUGGCCAAUUCCCGCAAAUACUCGAAGCGAUGAAACACAAGUUUAGAGACGUGUGUUUAAUGUUUUGGGCAUUUCAGCACAGCAUGACUGCUAUUUGCCGGUCUUUUAAACUGUACAUCCAUCAUACAUUAGUCACAUUUUUUUUGUCUGUAUCAUUCCAGUACUGUCUUCACACAAAAAAAUAGUUUGACUAACAGAUCGGUGAUGCAUUUGCUGUUAACAAGCAAUAAAAUGUGGAACAUUUCAUUAUGAUCUGUAUGCACCCUGACAUAAAACUCAAAGUUUCCUGCAGGGCCGUGCAGUAUGUUUCUGUCCAUGGAGGCAAAAAAAAUGUAAUUGCAAACAGCAACACGGCUGUUUUUCUCAGCCUGGUUUCCCCUCACUGAAACUGCAGGUUUAAUGUCUGGAGAAAUGAUUCAAAUGCUGAGCUGCUUACAAUACCUGUAAACUUGCUUGCAGUGACCAGUGGAAACUUAUCUGUUGCUUUUGCCUUUUGGAAUUGUAUUUGGGUUGGAGAUGAACCACUUAAAGGAGUUUAUAAAGCCAUGAUGUUUGUUGACCGUGCUGUUGGAAACGGUGCUGCAAAGAUUAAAUCACUUUCUUUGUAUCAACUUC